AUGGCGAAUGACAAGGAUCCCCUGAAACAGUUGAAAGACCUGACUCAGCUCAAAAAUCAGUUAGAGGAGAUCCAAAAACGAGUAGAAAACGAAAUCGCCCUUGGAGUUCCUCAGGGCAGCUCGCUGCUGGGAUCACCGUUCCUGAAGGGCUUCCUGGCAGGUUAUGUGGCAGCCAAGCUCCGUUCUUCCGCCAUCUUUGGAAUACUGCUGGGGACUGUCACUGGCAUGUAUGCAGCACAAAACUAUCAAGUGCCCAACAUUGAAAGGACACUCAAAGAGUUUUUGACUAGCAUGAAAAAAGGCUCCAAGUAA